AUGUCUGUGGAAUUGCUCAAAUGGAUCAUGCUCGGAGUCAUGGCCCUGAUGACCAUCAUUUUCGGACUGCUUCCAAUUAAGGUGAGAUUUUUUCAUAGUUUUAAGAGAAGUAUUCAAAUCUAGAGCUGGCCUAAAACAUAAACUCUUCAGCUAAUCGACUAUCUGAACGCGCCGAACUCUGCGAUGCACAAGCACUCCUCCCUCCUUCUCUCCCUUUUCUCGUGUUUCGCCGGAGGAGUCUUCUUGUCCGUUUGCUUCCUCGACAUGCUACCCGAUUCGCUGUGAGUUCUCUUUUUGCUGCAUGAUUCGAAAAAGCUCGUUCGCAACCUUGUCACCAGAGUUGAGCGGAUGAAAUCUGGUUUUUUAGAAACUUUUUUCGUAGAAUGUGACAAAGUGACAAGAAUCUUGCGCACGAGAUUUAUCGAACCGCGUAGGCCCUGCUCCAAAUUUGCUCCGAUUUUAAAUUUUACAAAGCCCCGGUCUACAGAGAAGCCUGGGAGUCGGUGCGUCAGGACACCGGCUACCUCAGCGAUUACCCAUUCGUCCAGUUGAUCGCCCUCUGCGGAUUCUUCUUCGUCUACCUGACCGAAGAGCUGUCGAGUGUGAUCUGCAACGCCGGGCACGGACACUCGCAUUCGAACGAUCCGAUCAUGGAGUCGAAUGUGACGUUUCCGCGGGCCAGACUGGCGACUGUCGGCAGUAUUUUCAACGUGGAAGGCAACCUGGUGCAGCCGUGCAAGCGGUCCCUUCAGGUUAGCGAGAAAUUAAACGAAAACGCUCUGUGUUCCUGAAAAUUGAAAUUAGUAGCAAUGUGUCCAUUUCAAUUUCGGCUGAUAAAGAAUCGAGUUCGGACAGACUAGUGAUAAGCAAAUUUCUGCAAUUUUGACACUUUUUUAGGGCUACGACGAGGACGGCGAGGCGCCGAUCCGUCAAUCGAUAAUCUUCACGUCGGCCUUCAUUCUGCACGUCUUCUUCGAGUGCUUCGCGUUCGGAGUUCAGGAAGACGCCGUCUCGGUCACUUCCCUUUUCUUGGGAAUCGCCCUGCACAAGGCGAUAGUCAUGUUCUCGUUGGGCAUGAAAUUGACGAGAAGUCAUCCGCGCAGACGGUACGUCGUCAUGCUUCUCAUCUUCGUGCUGGCGGCGUUCAAUGUGAUCGGCGGGUCCGCGGGCAUUCUCAUCGAGAGCUCCAAUAUGAAUCAGACGCCGAAGGACAUUUGUACGGCUGUCCUCAUGAGUUUCUCCUUGGGCACUUUUAUUUAUAUCUCGUUCUUUGAGGUGAGUUUGGGGCAGAUUUAUGGAUUUUGUCUCUUAAAAAUCAGUGAGUCAAACUUUUCAUUUUUUUCAGAUGCUCGCCCCGGAACGCGCCAACAACCACUCGAACAUGCUCCAGUGGUGCGCCAGUGUUCUCGGUUUCGCCCUUUUGGCCGUCAACAUGAUUUGGGCCGCCUAA